UUACACAUCUGUGAGUCCGGCUGCCUUCAGGAGCGAUGUGUUGGAAGCUUUGCUGCUGUUUUCCCUACAGAGGCCGCAGAGCAGAAGAUUUGUCAGCGCCUUUCUCAGUCCGUUGCUCCCGUUUCUCUGCCCGGACAAGGAUGCGGACCCUGUCAGGCUCCACAGAGCCAGACGGCUUCAAGUUCAACUCUCUCCCCGGCCACGGUACUAAAUCAGCGGGAUGCUGGUUCAAGAAACUUUUUAGAGGCCCCAGAGGUCAGGACAGUGUCACAGCCCCCUUCACCACUGAUGGACGCACCUCGCCCAGAGAUGAUUUGUCUCAACAAGUGAUCAUCACAUUUGAGCAACACCUCGAGGAACGCCAUUUUAGUGAGGCCAGCCAGCUGCUGAUGGACAGAGAGGAACGUCUGUUUGGGGAGAUAACAGAGGCAGAGGGACUUUCAGAUCAUGCGGAAAACGUGAACAAGCUUGCUGCAGACUACAGCGUCCUGAAACGUCACAUCGAGCAGAGUCUACAGCAGAGUCUGUCUGUCACUGCGGGAGAGGUCGGCACCAAGGCAUUGAUGUCUGCUGUGAAGGCCGUCUACCAGGAGGACAAGCAGGAUCAACUGUGGAAGCAGAGGGGUCAGACAGCCCCGAGCUGGAGGCCCAACGGCUGGAAGGAGCUCCACGACAAAACUCUCCGCACCUUGGUAAAGGAUCGUAUGGACAAACCUUCAAUGCCCCCUCCCAGCCAGGUAGAGCAGUCGUCUGUGGCAGCACACAUCAACGGCAUGGGCAGGCAGCUGAAGAUGGACCUACUUAUGGUGGUGGAUGUGGUGAAGGGUUGCUACCCACCAGAGACGGACAUCUGUAAUUUUUACGCCCGGCUGUACCACCAAACCUUUAGCUCCAGACUCAGAAAGAUUGCAGACUAUGGUCUGGAGGACAAGGACUGCAAUUUCCUCCUGCGCUGGGUGAACGAGUUUUAUCCAGAACUGCUUCAAAAGCGGGAGUUGGCAAGUGACAUAAAUAACGAAGCGCUGGGAAAGCUGCUGCCGAAUGAGCUACUGGAGCCUCUGGAGGAACAGUACCUGAACAAACAACAGAGUGAGCUGAUGACGUACAUCAGCCGUGUCCUGGAGGAAGCAAAGCAAAUGUGGAAUAACGGAGAGGAGCCGACGAAAGAGGACGGCUGCUACGUCAGUCCUGUGGCCUACGACAUCAUUCAGCUUAUCAACGGUAUGGUGACUUCUGCUGAGAAAGUGGUGGGAGAUCUGUACAAGGCCCAGACCAUAACGUGCAAACUGAACAGUUUAAUGCAGAGCUUCAAGAUCUUCCAGGACGAGGUCAUGAAGCAAAACAAACCCAACAGCAAAGCCAUCAUCAAGGCGAACCUCGGCUGUGUCGAAGAGUUCAGGGAAGUCCUCAGUAAGAACGGCCAUCUGUUCCUGGAGGAUGUGCGGCAAAACUGUUUGCAUGUUCUGACUGACAUGAAAGAAUCUGCCCACGCAUAUUUAUUAAACCCUGUGCACAAGGACCUCAAGCCAGAGUACCUCAAGCUGGGAACCAGCGAAUGGCUGAACAAGCCCCUGUUUGAGAAGCUGCUGAUCCGCAUUCAAGAUCAGAUCGAAAACCUUCAGGGGUCAAAAGAAUCCUGUCACCAGGAGCUGAUCGGCCAGUUUCAUCAGGACGUGACAGUGGAAUAUGUGAAGAGGCUCCUGAAAGGAGACGUCAAGCUGAAGGACAAGGAACGGCAGGAGAAGGCCUACAUGACCGUGACAGACAACGCAGAGCGUUUGCACAAUUUAUUCAUCAGAAUGGGUUCAAAGGAGGAGUGGUUGAAGGAAAUCCUGACCAAGAUUGCAGAAGUGCUGAAACUCCAAGACCUCCCUGCCAUACAGAUGCAAGUGGCAUCACUGGGAAGUGCUUUUCCUGACCUGAGUGAGAGACAUGUUUCGGCUCUGCUCAAGCUCAAGACAAACUUCUCCAGAGCCGACAGGAAAACCGUCAAAGCGACUCUGUCGGACACUCUGAGAGAAACGGCCGCCGUUGGCGCUCGGCCGUUUUUCUCCAAAGUGCAGGUUAAAUGAGCCGCACGGUUGGAUGACGCUCUCAUCCAGUUCUCCUUAUUUCAGUCGUCUUAAUGCCGGCUGAGAGUUGGGUUGUACAGUGUAAUGUCUGUGUUUGGCAGAUUUAUGUUACGUCUAACAUAAAUAUAAUGUACAAUAAGCUUGGAUCAAGUGUUGUAGCUACUGUAUGAAUGUAUAAGCUACAGUUCAACUUAGUGCCGGUUAAUAUGGUCCUUUUCACUGCAAGAAAAAUCUGGUUAGGUUGGCGUGAGUGUGUGUUUGUUUUUGUGUUUUAGGAAAAAAAAGGACAGGGUCAGUAAUUGCAAGUGUAUUCCUCUAAUAGUUUAUAUU